AUGAGAUCACUCCUUGUAUUUUCUCUAACUAUUUCAACAAUCUCCGCAUUUCUAUUCCCAAUGCCAAGUGGCGGAGGCGGCGGAUGUGGAUGUGCCCCACCACCUCCACCUCCAAUGUGUGCUCCACCUCCUCCCCCAUGUCCACCACCACCUCCUCCACCUUGCCCGCCUCCUUGUCCACCCCCACCCCCACCAAGUUGUGGAUGUGGAAGAAAAAAACGUGAAGUUGAAGGUGAAGCAAUCCAUGGAAAUACUGAUUUUUUGCGAAUCGAGGAGAAUCUUGAAUGUAACAGUGAAGAACUCAGAGAAAUUUUGAAAGAGGUGCGUUUAUAAGUUAUCAAAAGUUUGAGCACCCCUGAAUCCCCAGAUAUCUCCCCUAUUUAAAAUAUAGCCUAACGCGUGAUAACAAUUUUUGUGGUAAUUUAAAAACCCGAACACUUACAAACUUUGUUUCAUUCCAUAAUCCUUCCAGAAAAUGCGUGAUACCAGCAAGACUUCGAUUAAAUCGUUCAAAUCGAGUCUCGGUGAAGAUUUGUUUGUAGUUUGCUCAUCGGGUGUCAUGAAUUAUGCGGCUCCAAGUGCUACCAAACAUUGUGCAAUUCGUAACAAAACACAUUUCUGCCAAAUUUUUGAGCUCUGA